GAGCAACCCCGAGUACCUUACGUUGUAAAAUCUUCCAUCCAUCCUCAAUAACAAAUGUAGGUAGGCACCUCACAAUAUAUCUGUUCCUAUCCCAUCCCCUCCAAUGCUAGCCAGGGACGAGCAACAAUGAGCGACGGAGAGAAAGCAAAGGUCAUGGCGAUGGGCCGCAUCAAGAGCUUCCUCUCGGGCGCCCGCCUCGACUCGACGACCCCUCCGCCCCGCCUCUUCCAGCUCCGCUCCUCCAAGACCUUCAUCCUGACCACCAUCUGCAUCGCCGUCUUCACCGACGUCUACCUCUACGGCAUCAUCGUGCCCGUGAUCCCCUUUGCGCUGACCGCGCGCGCCGGCGUGGCGGCCUCCUCGGUGCAGAGCUGGGUCUCGGUGCUGCUCGCCGUGUACGGCGCCGCGCUGCUGGUCUCCAGCCCGCUGGCGGGAUGGUACGCUGAUCGAUCGUCCAGCCGGCGCUUGCCGCUGCUCUUCGGCCUGUUGACGCUGGGCGGUGCGACGGUCAUGCUGUGUCUGGCGCGGACCGUUGCAUUGCUCGUCGUGGGCCGCAUCCUGCAGGGUUUCAGCGCGGCCAUUGUCUGGACUGUCGGUCAGGCCUUGCUGGUUGACACGGUGGGCCAGAAAGAGAUCGGCCAGACUCUGGGAUGGGUCAGCUUGAGCAUGUCUCUGGGCAUCUUGCUAGCUCCGUUGUUGGGCGGUGUGGUGUACACUCGGGCGGGGUACUAUCCCGUGUACUAUAUGGCGUUUGGCUUGGUUGCGCUGGAUAUAUGUCUCCGCAUGGCUAUGAUCGAGAAGAAGGUUGCACUGCAGUGGGCUGUUGAGGAAGAAGCUGCUGAAACGGAGGGAAUAUCUGGUCCUGACCCCGAGCAAGGACUGGAGAGGACCGAGAAAUCAGACGAGGAGGCUGGAGAGAAGGUUGCGGAAUCGCAUUCACCGGACGAUGGUGGCACAACAGAGACCAUACCCGUGGUCAGAUAUCCAAAGUGGCCACCGGUCCUCACACUCCUCAAAUCUCGCCGCCUUGUUGCGGCCCUCUGGGGUUGCAUCGUCCAAGGAUCGCUCAUGACCGCGUUUGACAGCGUCAUCCCCCUCUACGUGCAGAAGGUCUUCCAUUGGAACUCAACAGGAGCAGGCCUCACCUUUCUUGCCCUCAUCGUCCCCAGUUUCGCCGCUCCGCUCGUAGGCUGGGUAUCUGACCGGUAUGGGCCGCGCUGGCUCUCAGUCACGGGCUUCGUCUUCGCCGUCCCGUUCUGGGUCCUCUUGCGGUUCGUGACACACAAUACAUUAAAUCAAAAGGUCUUGUUAUGUGCCUUGCUAGCUCUAAUCGGUCUUACACUCACUCUAGUCAUGCCGCCCCUGAUGGCCGAAAUCACCUAUGUCGUUGAGGCCAAGGAGAAGCAAAACCCGGGACGUUUCGGUCCAACUGGUGCUUAUGCUCAAGCCUACGGCUUAUACGUUACUGCCUUUGCUGCGGGGACUCUGAUAGGCCCUAUAUGGGCUGGAUAUGUUAAUGAUGCUGCCGGAUGGGGAACGAUGGCUUGGUCACUGGGGCUUUUCAGUUUAGCGGGUGCACUUCCGUGUCUCAUUUGGACGGGAGGAUUGAUUACGAAGAACAAUCCGAAGAGCGGAGAUGAAAGAGCAAUCGGGGGACCACCUGUUCAUGGGAGAACAGAGAAUGUGGUUGAAGUUUAAUGAUAUAAUGAUAUAUUAAUCAGAUAGGG